AUGUCCGACGCCGAUCUCGAGCCCUUCUUCGCUGCGGCCCGCGAGGGGCGUGGCGACGCGGUCCUGCAGGCGGUUGGCCGCCAGCCGCUCCUCCUCGAGGCGCGGGACCCUCACAACGGCGGCACGGCGCUGCACAGCCUCGCGCGGCUUUCUGCCGCGCCCGCCGUGGCGAAGCUGAUCGCCGCCGGCGCCGACGUGGAGGCGCGCGACCGCAACUUCUGCUCGCCGCUCCACCUAGCCGCGCGUGCCGACGCGUCUGUCGCCGGCGCCGACGCUGCUGGUCGCGACGGAGCCAUCAUCGAGACGCUGCGGGCCUUGCUCAAGGGCGGCGCGCGCGUGGGCGCGCGUGACAGCUUCGGGCUGACUGCGCUGCACCACGCCGCCCAGGCCGGCCACCCGCCCGCCUGCGACUUUCUCCUCUCGCUCAACACAACGCUGAGGCAGCCGCGUGCGCCGAUUGAGGCCGACACGAACGCCGAGGAGCGGCCGCUGCAUCUGGCUGCGGCGGGGGGCCACGCGGACGUGGUCCGCCGCGCCUCCUCGAGCCACGGCGGCGAGACGCCCCUCCACACCGCGAGCGGGCUCGGCCACACGCGCGCCGUGCUCGCACUGCUCGGCGCGCCAAACACGCAGCGGCAGGGAGAGAGCCGCGAAGUGGACGCGUCGCGGCGCAACCGGCUCGGCCAGACGCCGAAGGACGUCGCGGCCGCGCAGGGCUUCGGCGACGUGGUGGAGGCGCUCGACGCCGCGGCGGCGUCCGCCAAGGCGCCGAGAGGGGCGCGCGCCGCCCGCUCGCUCCGCCAGCAGGAGGAAGGGCUGCAGAGGGCGAUGCGCGAGAUGCGGUUCGCGUAA